GAGAGUCCAGAGUGACUAUGUGUACAGCACCUGCCACACUCGUGACACUUCCAUUCUUUUUCUGCUCCAUUAUUCCUUGUGGACAGUUUAAGUAUUACAUACAUGUGCAGUUAUUUCCAUAGGCAGAUUACCGAUUCUAAUUUGUAUUGGUUAUGAAGAUAUUUCAGCCUAAAUAGUGCAUAGCAUCUAAAUUACUCCAGGUGCAGCCACAGCAAGAUGAGUAUUCAGUGGACAUUGAUUGCAGGGGUGAUGUAUAUUGAGCUGGCAGCUACUGUGCUGCUGCUCAUACCUUUCAUUUCCCCCACAAGAUGGCAUCAGAUCUUCAAGUCCAGGUUCCUGCGCAGCAUUGGAAAUAUGUCUCAUAUAUAUUUCAAGAUGUUCCUACUGUUGCUUGUACUGUUCUUUAUAGAUGCCAUCAGAGAGAUGAGGAAGUAUGGUGGGGAGCUUGCAGAACAGAGUCGGGGAGACCACGGCCACCACUUGGAUGCUGAGAUGCAGGCUCACAUGAGACUCUUCAGGGCACAGCGAAAUUUCUACAUCUCUGGUUUCUCUCUCUUCCUCUGGGUGGUGCUGCAGCGUCUGGCCACCCUCAUCUCUCGGCUGGCUGUCACUAUGGCUGACAGUGAAGCUGCCAUGAAGCAGGCCAAGAGUGCCUCUGAUGCUGCUGCUCAGCUGCUCAAGCAGGAAAAAGUGGAGCAGGAGGAAGACCAACAGAAAGAAGCCAAUGUCUCAAAUGAAAUCAAAGAGCUGAAGGAAGAUAAGAAACGCUUGGAGGCAGAGCGUGAUGCAGCAUUGAAGCAAGCUUCUGCUGUGAGCCGAGAGUAUGACCGCCUGAUGGAGGAACAUGCUGAUUUACAAGCAAAGCUGAAGAAGGCUGAAGGUGUGGUAGAAUCAAAGAAGGAUGAUUAAGCUCUCCAACUGCUGAGAUCAUAAAAAAUGAUGCCACAGAGGGAGUGCUGUCUGAGCUUAGAGUGUUCCAGUUUACUCAAGAACAAGCAGCAGCUUCAAGCAGUGUAUUGCAAUUUCAAGCAACAUGAAAUUUCUUUUACAUGCUUUGGGAAGAGAUCUGGUUUUCGUAAAUUAUUUUGGAAACUCAUACUUGUCUCAUCUCUUCAGCUUCAAGAAUAACCAGAGAAUGAGUGGACUGUAGUGUCAGCAGACUUAAAGGAUAAUUAUAUUUAUUUGACCAUGUGCAUCCUAUGUAUGCAUCACAUGUUUGAGCUGAAUAAAUAACAGAGUUUUCUAUCCAAAAGGUUGUAAUUUACUGCUGUUCUACACCACUUUCACCAUGACUACUCUCAUACCUUGGUUGUGUGAAGAAGUUAUUGUGGCUUGAUAUGGUUUGGAAAUAAUAAACCAAAAGUAACAGUUCUUUGAGUGUUGGGUUGUAUUGAUUUUGAGGUAUGUAUUGUGAAAUGGUGUUUAUCAUUUUAUUCAGUAUAUUUAGAAUAAAUCAGUAUGAAAUUCAGUGUAUACAAAUUGCAGAUUUAGUAAAAUGUGAAAUACAGUAA